GAAUUGGAUGAUGGGACAAAAAUAGCAGUGAAAAGAAUGGAGGCAGGUGUGAUUAGCAACAAAGCCUUGGAUGAAUUCCAGUCCGAAAUUGCAGUUCUUUCAAAGGUCCGACACCGUCAUUUGGUAUCACUGUUGGGUUAUUCUGUUGCAGGAAAUGAGAGAAUGCUUGUGUAUGAAUAUAUGCCUCAAGGGGCUCUGAGCAGGCAUCUUUUUCAUUGGAAAACCUUUAAACUAGAACCUCUCUCUUGGAUGAGGAGGCUAAAUAUUGCCUUGGACGUCGCUAGGGGGCUGGAGUAUCUUCAUAAUCUUGCACACCAAAGCUUCAUACACAGAGACCUCAAGUCAUCAAACAUCUUACUUGGUGAUGAUUUUAAAGCAAAAAUAUCAGAUUUUGGAUUGGUGAAACUAGCUCCUGAUGGUGAAAAAUCUGUUGUGACCAGGCUUGCUGGAACGUUUGGUUACUUAGCACCAGAGUAUGCUGUGACAGGAAAAAUUACAACCAAAGUAGAUGUAUUCAGUUUUGGGGUUGUGCUAAUGGAGCUAUUAACUGGAAUGAUGGCGCUGGAUGAUGAUAGGCCUGAAGAAAGCCAGUACUUGGCUGCAUGGUUCUGGCACAUCAAAUCAAAUAAGGAGAAACUGUUGGCAGCCAUUGACCCAACCCUUGAUAUAAAAGACAUGAAAGAAGAAACAUUUGAGAGCAUCGCCACAAUUGCGGAACUAGCUGGGCACUGCACUGCAAGGGAACCCAGCCAAAGACCAGAUAUGGGUCAUGCUGUGAAUGUAUUGUCGACCCCACUGGUUGAAAAAUGGAAACCAUUUAAUGAUGAGGAUGAUGAAUAUUCUGGCAUAGACUACAGCCUCCCGCUUAACCAGAUGGUGAAAGGUUGGCAGGAAGCAGAAGGAAAGGAUUCCAGUUACAUGGACCUAGAAGACAGCAAGAGCAGUAUACCAGCACGGCCAACUGGGUUUGCAGACUCUUUUACUUCGGCUGAUGGUCGGUAAAUGAGGUACUUUGUUGCUUUCCUUCCCAGAGGUUGAUUUCCUACUUUUGGUAGGUGUAGAUAGUAUGUGUUUUCUUUAUGUCUGGGAAUUAAAUGUCAAUAUUUUUUCUGGUGUUGGUGUGUUGUGGUUGAGUUGCAGAUUUCAGUAGAGAUCUCAAGUGUAAGCCAUGAAAUUUAUGCUUUAAGAUGUUCUAGUAGUGAUGUAGAUAUAGAGGAAUUAUGAUGAGAAUUCCUACUUAUUUCUUACUUUGUGCUUUCAAGUCCCAUAUCUGAAUUUCGUCAGAUUUUUUUCUUUA